CGCAAUGUCACUGUGAAUUGAUGACGGGUACGCUUCGUGUGAACUUAGGUGCGGUAACUGCCGCUGUGUUACAUUUCUAUACUGUAUAUUGAAUAAUAUGGAUCUUGAUGGGAAACUGUAUUCUGGAUGCAUGGUAAUAUUCUGAGUACUAAUAGCUACAAAUAAGCGCCGAAAACAGAGCAGCAGUUUCACUCGAGGAAGCAGGAGACCUGUGAGAAAGACACGAUGGCAGAGAACAAGACUGGGCCAAACAUUGGGGCUGGGGCGGGAUUUUUUGCCAAACGGGUGCAAAAAUCAUUGAGUCGAGCUCAGGAGAAGGUCAUGCAAAAGCUGGGGAAGAACAUGGAGACUAAAGAUGAACAGUUCGAGCUCUACUCCCAGAACCUUAUCAAACAACAGAAUGACGGCAGCAGGCUAUUCAAAGAAGUCAAAGCAUACUACAACGCAGUAAAGGCGAUGCAUGAAACCUCCAAGCGACUGUCCCAGACGUUAAAAGAUGUCUACGAACCUGACUGGCAGGGAGGGGAGGACCUGUCUGUCAUCAUGGAGAGUGAGGACUUGCUGUGGAAUGAUUAUGAAGAGAAACUAUCAGACCAGAUUGUCCGCACCAUGGAGAAUUACACUGGCCAGUUUCAAGAAGUCAAGGAACGAGUGGCCAAACGUGGUCGUAAGCUAGUAGACUACGAUUCCUCUCGCCACCACUUGGAGGCACUACAGAGUGCAAAGAAGAAAGAUGAUGCCAAAAUCACCAAGGCGGAGGAGGAGUUCAACAAGGCCCAGAGUGUGUUUGAGGAAAUCAACAACGAGAUGAGGGAGGAGCUUCCUGUUCUCUAUCAAAGUCGUAUUGGAUGUUACGUGACCGUCUUUCAAAACAUUUCCAACCUGAGGGAUGUCUUCUACAAGGAAAUGAGUGUGCUGAACCAUGAGCUUUACAACGUGAUGAAGAAGCUGGAGACUCAGCAUUCUGGGAAAGCUUUUAUUAUCAAGGGCCUCAACAGCAAGUCCAAGAAGAGGAAAUCCCUGGCUAUCUCGGCACCGAUCCCCUGUAACACCGCCUUCCCGUCGGACCACACGGCCCUCUACCCAUCCGCCGCUCCCGAGGGCGGUAACGAGACCGUCCCGUCCGGCAACGAGACCUCCAGGCAGAGCGUCUCCGAGGAGCCGGCCGCAGCGGCAGGAGAGGCUGACGCGGUCCCCGGCACGGCGAACCCCGGUGCCCUAACUUCAGAAACGUCCGACUUCUCGGACGAGCUGAGCUCCAUCGGCACCCCUUCAUCGAAGCGGCGGUCGGCGUGCGACAGCGACAAUGGAGUCGGGAGUGACGCCCCGUCCGAGGACCAGAGUGACCCCCGGCAGGAUGGAGCUUCGGAGCCCUCUAGCCACGUGAAAGACGACUCCGCUGUUGAAGGACGCGCCCAGGAGUCCGCGGUGGCUGGGAGUGAUGUCACGCCGCCUGACGUGUCAGAGAGCGUCACCCCCCAUGACUCGGAGCAGCCGCCUGAGCCUCAGGGGGAUGCUAAAGCCAAGGCCCCUCCCUGUCCUGCUCCACGCCGCUCCCUCUCCACUGUGGGGGCUGGCAUGGGAGAGAACGAGGAGGAAGAGGAGGAGGAGGAGGAGGAGGAGGAGGGGGAGGGGGGAGGAGGAGGAGGUGCUAUGACGGGUGACAAGAAGAACACUGAUAAUGUCUCAGACCCCCAGAAUGCACCUGGUUUCCUUUACAAGGGAGUGGAGCUGGAGGGUCACGUUUCAGAAGAUGGCACACUGCAAUAUGAUGUGGAAGAUGUGAUCCUCGUACUUGCUGACGCUGGGGACAAGGAGAAAUGCUUGGUGAAUAGGGAGGAGGAGAAGACCAGUAUUCAGCAGGGAGAUCUAUCGCUGGGCUUAGAAUGAGCCAGUGACGUCUUUGUUUUCCAGUCUGGCCCUCACUGAGAUGACUCACAGCAGCAGCAGACGCAGCUAUGAAACAAGAUGGGUUGGGUGUGGAGGACUACGUAGCUAAAGAAGAAAUUGUAGCGCCUUCUGCCAGUUAAUUUCAAGUUUCCUUGUCUCGACUUGUUUAGCGAUACUGCUUGGAAGAAGUGUCAUGUGUUCAGAGGUAUUUUUAAAGAAUGUUCUGUGUUUCUUUUUUUUGUCUAAUCUACAGUAUUUGGGAUGCUGGUAUUGUUACACUUAAGUCUUUAAACUGUGAAACAAAAACCCUUUUAUAUUAUGUAAAUGAAAGAUUUAUAGAUAAUAAUAAAGUUGUUAGUGAAAGUGUUGUUCAAACAGUGAAAAGCAAAAUGUCGGCCAACUUAGUUUGCACCAACGAGGUUACAUGGUUAAGGCGAACCCUGUGUGAACUGUACGUCAUGAGGUCUGAAAUGUUAACAAUAUCAAUGUGCUCCCGUUUACUGAUUUUCAGACUUUCAUUGCACCCGCCUGAAACACCAGGACCUGGGGGGUCACAUUACAUGAUGGUUCUCCAGUUGAUUGUCAUGUUUCUUGGCUGACAAGCAAUAGUUCUUUCCAUAUAGACGGAAGUAGCUGAUAUGUAAUGAUCCCCAUAAAAAGCAAAAUUUGUUACUG